AUGUCGUUGUUUCUUGGUUUCGAUUUAUCAACUCAACAGUUGAAAGUUAUUUCAAUCUAUUCGGACUUGAAACAUCACAAAACAUACAGGGUCGAUUUUGACGAGGAGCUUUCGAAAUACGGCAUCCGAAAAGGCGUUCUCACCAAUGAGAGUGCGGGCGAGAUUUUUGCCCCAGUUGAGAUGUGGGUUGAGGCUUUGGAGCUGUGUUUUGACAAGAUGAAAAAAGACAACUUUCCGUUCAAGGAUGUGCGAGCUAUGAGCGGCUCAUGUCAACAACACGGUUCCGUUUAUUGGUCGAAAUGUGCACCAGAACUGCUCGGAUCCCUGUCGGCUGAAAAAUCUUUAAAGGACCAGCUCUGUCCUGAAGCAUUCACAUUCCAAACGUCUCCAAAUUGGCAAGAUCAUUCUACCGGUCCGGAAUUGAAAAUUUUCGAGGAUGCAGUCGGGGGCUGUCACAAAUUGGCACAGAUCACAGGUUCCAGGGCUCAUUACCGCUUUACAGGUACUCAAAUCAGAAAACUUGCAAGCAGGGUCGACCCAAAAACUUACCAUGAGACGUACCGGAUUUCACUUAUUUCAAGUUUCUUGAGCUCCUUGCUAUGCGGCAAACUAACUAACAUUGAAGAAAGCGAUGGGUGCGGCAUGAAUUUGUAUGAUAUCUCAAAAGGAGAAUACGAUGAAGAGUUACUGGCGGUUGCUGCCGGAGUUCAUCCGAGAAUAGACAAUUGUUCUGAGUCGGAAACCAAAAAAGGCGUCGAGGAGCUGAAGCAGAAGUUGGGUCCUCUGGAACCCGUUGGCUACAAAAACAUCGGCCAGGUCAGUUCCUACUUUGUUGAGAAGUUCGGCUUUUCUGCCUCUUGUAAGAUUUACUCGUUUACCGGAGACAACCUUGCAACUAUCCUUGCUCUCCCUCUCGGACCAAACGACACUCUGAUCUCCAUGGGAACCUCUACGACGGCUCUUCUUGUCACGAAUGCCUACAAACCUUCUGAGAACUACCACAUGUUCAAACAUCCUACUCUGAAAGGCCACUACAUGGGCAUGCUGUGCUAUUGUAAUGGUGCUUUGGCUAGAGAGAAUGUGAGGGAUAAAAUCAACGAAAAAUAUAAUCAGCCCAAGAACUCUUGGGAUAAGUUUAACUCCAUCUUAGACAACUCUGUUCCGCUGAACGGGAAGUAUGAGCUAGGAAUCUAUUUUCCUUUAGGCGAGAUUAUUCCCAAUGCCAAACCCUGCGAGCGCCGGUUCAGAUUUGAUCCAGAAAGGAAAGAGUUACUGGAAGUGGAGUCCUGGUCGUUGGAAGAGGACGUGAACAGCAUCAUCGAGUCCCAGGCUUUGUCCUGCAGACUCAGAAUGGGACCAUUGCUUGCUUCAACCUCAUCUCACAAAUUGGAGGACAAACAUGGAGUUUUGCCAAAGCUAGAAAAAUACGGCCAAAUCCAGUCAGACGGUACUAAACAUUCGACUAACGCUCUGCUUUGUCGCCCUAGUAAAGUAUUUUACGUUGGCGGCUCCUCAAAAAAUAGAUCAAUUGUCUCCAAGUAUUGCGACAUUCUAGGACCCGAAGACGGAAACUAUAAGAUUGAUUUGAGCGAUGCAUGCGCUUUGGGCGGCUGCUUUAAAUCACUAUGGUCUUUUGCCACAGAGUCCGGCUCCGUGAAGGAAGAUUAUAACAAAUGGCUCUCCGAUAAUUUUCAUUGGGAUGACGUUGAAAAGCUUGGAAACGCCACUCACUGGGACGACUAUGUUGACGGAAUUGGCAUUCUGAGUUUGGCGGAGCAAAAAUUAGAGUCUUAA